UAGCGUAGCUGCCUUCACACUGUUCUCUACACACACUUUCGGCAUGGCUGCGGAUAACACAAUGUCUAAUGGCCAGGAAACGGCCUCGUUAAACGGUGAACCCGCGCUGAAGCGCUCCAAAGAAAGCGAAAGGGUCGAGUCUCUGCGGAUGCCGCGAGAGCCUCAAAAUAAAGUGACUGUAGUGCUGGGAGCUCAAUGGGGAGAUGAAGGCAAGGGGAAAGUGGUCGACCUCUUGGCUAUGGACGCCGACAUUGUGUGCAGAUGCCAGGGAGGAAAUAACGCGGGACAUACAGUAGUGGUGGAUUCAGUUGAGUAUGACUUCCACCUGCUGCCUAGUGGCGUCCUCAACAAAAAGGCCACUUCUUUUAUUGGAAAUGGUGUUGUGAUUCACCUGCCGGGACUUUUUGAUGAAGCAGAGAAAAACGCGCAGAAAGGCAACGGACUUCAAGGUUGGGAGGAGCGGCUGAAGAUAUCAGACAGGGCACAUAUUGUGUUCAACUUUCAUCAGGCAGCUGAUGGGAUACAGGAGCAGCUUAGACAGCAGCAGGCAGGAAAAAACCUGGGCACAACCAAAAAAGGCAUUGGACCUGCAUAUUCCUCCAAAGCAGCACGUAAUGGUCUUAGAGUAUGUGACCUUGUCUCCGACUUCACAGUGUUUGAGGAAAAGUUUCGGGUGCUGGCUGGUCAUUUUCAGACCACUUAUCCUAAUCUUAAUAUUGAUGUUGAUGCUGAGCUUGAGCAACUGAAGGGUUAUGCUGAACGCUUACGGCCUUUAGUGACCGAUGGAGUUUAUUUCAUGCACCAAGCCCUCACUGGACCAAGCAAGAAGAUUCUGGUGGAAGGAGCCAAUGCUGCCUUACUGGAUAUUGAUUUUGGGACAUACCCCUUUGUGACAUCUUCAAACUGCACUGUUGGAGGUGUCUGUACGGGACUUGGCGUCCCCCCGUCUCAUGUAGGCCGUGUGUAUGGAGUGGUAAAGGCCUACACCACCAGGGUGGGAGUUGGAGCAUUCCCUACUGAGCAGGAUAAUGAUACUGGUGAUUUGCUACAAAGCAAAGGAAGAGAAUUUGGUGUCACAACAGGCAGGCGGCGUCGCUGUGGGUGGUUGGACCUGGUUUUAGUUCGCUAUGCCCACAUGGUUAAUGGGUUUACGGCGAUUGCUUUGACCAAGUUGGACAUUCUUGAUACAUUGCCAGAAAUAAAGAUUGGCAUAGCCUACACAGUUGAUGGAAAGCCUCUUCCCAGUUUUCCAGCAAACAUGGAUGUCCUGACUAAGGUUCAGGUGACUUAUGAAACACUGCCUGGCUGGUGUUGUAGCACAGAGGGUGUGCGCAGUUUUGAAGAGCUGCCCCCUCAGGCACAGGCAUACAUCCAGUUUAUAGAGAAUUUCCUACAGGUGCCAGUAAAGUGGGUGGGAGUUGGCAAAUCAAGAGAAAGCAUGAUAAAGCUGUUCUAAUGAAAGGAACACGAGAAGCUAAACUUCAUUUGAUGGUCUGCCUAGACGUCAGACUUCAUGAUCGUUGGGGGGACCAGAAUCAUCUUAUAUGCAUCUGUGCUGAGAUUAAGGCUAAGCGCAGGUUUCAAAUUCACGGAAUGUUCCAUAGUGUACACCAGCAAUGUGUCUAGAGGUCAGGUUUGGACCAGUCUGACCCAAUUCUUUGCAAUUGUUUUUCCUUGACUCAUAACGAGUUGUUCCAAAGCGCUCCCCAGAAUCGCUCAGAAUAUACUAAUAAAUUGUGGAGUUUCAGGUUAUAUUUUUUAUGGUAGCUUAUUAAAUUUGCACCUGUCACAUUCUGAGCAUGUAAAAAGAUUACUAUAUUCAUUGCUAUUUGGUGGAUAAAACCAAAAAAGAUUUUUAAGGUGUAACGUAUUGUGCUGUUAACUUUUUUAUCUAAUCAAGCGUGAGGAGUAUGCGAAAGGUCUUAAGUCAUAUGUCUGUUUAUGAAUACUUUCAGACUGAUUUACAGUAGUUUAAAAUAUCAAAAGGGACUUUGAUGCAAAGUUUUGUGAUAUUGAUGAAAGGCAUUGUUAAAUUGUCAGCAAUAUUGUACUCAGACGCAGUUCUUGAAUCUAUGAUGGGCAGCUGUACAGGCCAAUAUUACAUUGCAUUCCACCUAGUGGUCAAAUAUAUUUGCUGCUGUUCAAUAAAGUGCAAAUAUUUGCACCAUGA